AGAAGAAGUGCUGAGAGGGACUCUCUCUUGCGCAGAUCCCCUCCGUGUCCUGGCAGGACGUUGGUGGGCUCCAAGAGGUGAAGAAGGAGAUCCUGGACACUAUCCAGUUGCCCCUGGAUCAUCCAGAGCUGCUGUCGCUGGGUCUGUGUCGUUCUGGCCUGCUGCUUUAUGGCCCUCCUGGGACAGGGAAGACCUUACUGGCAAAGGCCGUGGCAACCACGUGCACCAUGACCUUCCUCAGCGUGAAAGGGCCAGAGCUCAUCAACAUGUAUGUUGGGCAAAGUGAGGAGAACGUGCGCAACGUGUUUGCCAGAGCCCGAGCAGCUGCUCCCUGCAUCAUCUUCUUUGAUGAACUGGAUUCCCUGGCCCCAAAUCGUGGGCAGAGUGGAGAUUCAGGGGGUGUUAUGGACAGAGUUGUCUCCCAGCUCCUGGCUGAGCUUGACGGACUUCAUUCCACCAGAGGGGUGUUUGUCAUCGGAGCUACAAACAGGCCCGACCUCCUGGACCCGUCGCUGCUCCGGCCGGGGAGAUUUGACAAGUUGGUCUAUGUGGGCAUCAAUGAAGACCGGGAGUCGCAGCUGCAGGUGCUGAGUGCUGUCACCAGGAAGUUUAAACUGGAUCCUUCCGUGAGUCUCCCCAGCAUCCUAGAAAAAUGCCCUGCUCGGCUGACAGGAGCAGACAUCUAUGCGCUGUGCUCGGAUGCCAUGAUGAGCGCUGUCAAGCGCAAGGUGGAGUGGAUUGAGGAAGGGCUGGAUACAGAGAGUUCUGCUCUGGUGCUGACCAUGGAGGACUUCCUGCAGGCUGCUGCAAGGCUGCAGCCUUCGGUCUCUGAGCAGGAGCUGCUCAGGUACAGAUUCAUCCAGCAGAAGUUUGCUGCCUGCUAAGCCCCAGCAGAGCUAAGAG